AUGACGUCCAAGUUGGGUCAUGGCAGUGAUCUGAAAACCAAGUUCAUUGCAAUGUUGAGAAGUCUGCUGCUUCUGUUCAUCGUGUUUUCCACGGGAAAUGGCGUUCCUAAAGCAGAUAUAGAUCUACGAUGCCAGCAUGGAUGGACACAUUUUGAAACCCGAUGCUACAAGUUCUUCUCUCAGUCAGCUACCUGGCUUGCAGCAGAGAGAAACUGUAUUGAUCAGCAUGCAAAUCUUGCAUCUGUGCACAAAGAAGAAGAAAACUCUUUUCUGAUGGGUCUGUUGCCUUCUCCUACUACACGAUGUUGGAUUGGUGUUCAAGAUGCUGUGGAAGAAGGAGAGUGGUUGUGGAGUGAUGGAACUAAUUAUGACUACGACAACUGGUGCACUGGUGAACCUAACAAUCUGAAUGUUGAGAACUGUGGAGAGAUCAACUGGACAUCUGAUGAAUGCUGGAAUGAUUCGACCUGUACAAACCCAAAGGGCUAUAUCUGUGCUACACGAUCGGAGAUGGACUGGCCCACUGAUCCAGAGUAACUUUGAUUUUUGUACUACAUUACAAAACAUUCUCCACUUUAAUUUCUUAAUACUGAAUUACUCUAAUAAAAGCAUUAAGCAACCCUUGUUCAAUGAAAAA